AUGGCCGAUUCAUCCUCAAACACGGUUUCCGGUUCGUCAGCCCAUGAGAUGCCUCCUCCAGAGCAGGACGGGCAGCACCGACCCCCACCAGCCCCACGGCUGCCACCUGCACCCAGCACAGUGAGAAACACAGCGGGGAGACACCAGAGCUCCAUCUGCGCCCUGGCACGGCUGUUGGUGCGGCUGGGCAAGGACCAAAGCGGGUGUGAGCCCCCAGGCAGCCAAGGGAGGAAAGUGGCCGGCAAAUCCCGCCUGUCCCUCAGGAGAAGCUGCUGGAAGCUCGGCCGCACCUCAGUGCUGGAGCUGCCCCGGCCACGUACUCUCCCCCUCCCAUGUCCCCCCCGGCCCGUCCCUCCCGGCCGUGUCCCCCCGCUCUCCCCCCGUUCAGCACCGCGGACAGAUCCCGGCCCCGCUCCCAUCACGUGGCUCCCCGCCCCUAUAAAGCGCGGGGCCGGAGCGGCGCGUCCUGCGGGAGGCGCGGAGCCGGCGGAGCGCCCGAGAGCGGUUUCUGGCCCCGGAGUGGCUGCGAUGCGGGUCAGGAUGAUCUCGGCUGCCUCCGUCCUCGUCCUGCUCUUCCUGCCCUCGGAGACCUGCUCCCCGCUGCAGUGGCCCCGGGCUCCGUCCCGCAGGCUGACCCUGGCCCCCCAACUCACCUGGGAGCCCUGGAUGGGAGCCCCGAGAGCCCCGGUCCCCGGCACCGAUGCCCUGCCCCAAAGACUGUGCCUGUUCCACGGGGCAGAGCUCGCCCCGGCCCCCCGAGCCCGGCGGGCGCUGCAAACCGGCAAGAGGCGAGACGGAAAACCCAACUCGCUGGAUCUCACCUUCCACCUCCUGCGCGAGUUCCUGGAAAUGUCCCGGGAGGAGAGACUGGCCCAGAAGGCGCUCAGCAAUAAGCUCUUGCUGCAGAGUAUAGGGAAAUGAGGGAGGGUCGCUGGAGGUGGGGGAAUGAAGGAGACCGACCCCGUAACGAGACACCACGGCGGAGCGGAGAACGGGGGGAUGCUGUGGGCUGCAGCCGUGCCCCGGGAGUCCCCACCUUGCCUGGCAGUGUUGCUGUCACUGCGUCCCGCGUGUCACUGUUGUGCAUUAAAGUCACAGUCGU